CAAACCUAACAAUUGGCGACGAAGAAAAUACAAGCCUACGCAAGAAGAUGUCUCCGGAGUUUGAAGCGAACCUUUUGAAAAUUUUGGAGAACCAGUCAAAGCUUCUUCAAGAACUUGCGGCUGCUCGAAUUACGGAAGCUCAACCGGCGGACAACGGCGGUGGGGACGGUAGUUUGCCAGCAAACCAGCAGAGACCGGUCCACCCUACCCGUCCGAACCAGACCGAGUUCGUAAUCGAGUCCCUGUCAAGCGGGAUCCGGGAAUUUUGCUACGACCCGGAAGCAGGAGUCACGUUUGAAGCCUGGUUCGCCAAAUACGAAGAUCUUUUCGCGGAGGACGCUCAAAAUCUGGACGACCCGGCAAAGGUCAGACUCUUGCUACGCAACCUCAACACCGUGGCUCACAAGAAGUAUCUGAGCUACAUUUUACCAAACAAACCGAAAGAUGUCGAUUUCAAAGAAACCGUCAAGACCCUGAAGUCCAUCUUCGGUCGUCACACGUCGCUCUUCAAUUCACGGUACCAGUGCCUGCAGCUACAGAAGAAUCCGUCCGACGAUUACUUCACGUACGCUGGCAUCGUGAACGAGAAGUGCGAGGAGUUCCAGCUGGACAAGAUCGACGCGGACCAGUUCAAGUGCCUGUUGUUCGUGUGCGGCCUGAGUUCAUCAAGAGAUGCGGACGUUCGUACGUCACUGCUGUCCAAGAUCGAGAGUGCCAAUCCUGCUGCGCCGAUGACCCUGCGUUCGUUGGCCGAGGAAUGUCAGCGACUCUUAAAUCUGAAGCGGGACACCGCCAUGCUCGAGAGGACCAAGCCCACCGUAUCAGCUGUCAAACAGCCACCUAGGACCAAGAACGCCCCGCCUGCUCAGCAGCCAGCCGAAACUCCGAACUCACCGUGUUGGAGAUGUGGGGAAAUGCACUAUUCGAAGAAUUGCCCAUUCAUCCAACACGAGUGCAAGUCCUGCAAGAAGGUCGGACAUCGUGAAGGAUACUGCGCCUGCUUCAAUUCAAAAUCCGGACGGAAGAAAAAGAAGCAGACUACAGCCAAGGCGCAGGGGAUCUACUCCGUCAACCAGGUCAGCAUCGCAGACAGAAGGAAGUUCGUCACGGUGGAGCUGAACGGAAUGCCAGCACGACUGCAGUUGGAUAGUGCCGCGGACAUCAGCGUGAUCUCAGCGGACGUCUACAAGCAACUCGGUUGUCCAGCCGGCGAUCCGCCGUCCAUCAACGUGGUCAACGCUUCUGGAGAUGACAUGGGACUGGAGUUGGAGAUCAUCUGUACCAUAACCCUCAACGACGUUGUCAAGCAAGGGAGGUGCUUCGUAUCUCGGACUAACGAUUUGAACCUGUUUGGAGCUGAAUGGAUCGAGCUUUUCGGACUGUGGGACGUACCGUUCAACGCGGUGUGCAACCAGGUCUCCAUGAAAACGUAUCCCAAGUCGGCAGAACUGGUCAACCGUUUCAAGGAGAAGUACAGCACCAUCUUCAGCGAGAGUCUGGGACUCUGCACCAAGAAGAAAGUGUCGUUCACCCUCAAGCCUGGUGCCAAGCCGAUUUUUCGCCCGAAGCGACCCGUUCCGUACGCAUCGGUUGAGAAAAUUGAAGCUGAACUGGACCGUCUUCAAAGUCUUGGGAUCAUCACACCAGUCUCGUACUCGGAGUGGGCCGCUCCGAUCGUGGCUGUACGCAAGCCCAACGGCAAGGUGAGGAUCUGUGCAGACUAUUCCACUGGACUCAACGACGCGCUGGAGCCGAACCACCAUCCGCUACCCCUGCCUCAAGAUAUCUUCGCAAAGCUGGCCGACAAGAAGAUUUUCACCCAAAUCGAUCUGUCGGACGCCUACCUGCAAGUCGAUGUCGAUGAGGAGUCGCGGAAGAUGCUGACAAUUAACACGCACAAGGGUCUGUUCCAGUUCAAUCGCCUGUCGCCGGGAGUCAAGCCUGCACCUGGCGAGUUCCAACACAUCGUGGACAGCAUGAUUGCGGAUCUGGACGAUACGAGCUGUUAUCUGGACGACAUCAUCGUGGCGAGCAACUCUCUGGACGAGCACAUCGAGCAGCUUCAUCGCCUGUUCGCCCGCAUCCAGGAGUAUGGGUUCCAUUUGAAGAUCGAGAAGAGCAAUUUCUUCAUGCAGCAGAUCAAGUACCUGGGCUUCAUCGUCGAUUCCGAUGGAAUUCGACCUGAUCCAGAGAAAGUCAAGCCGAUCGUCAACAUGCCUGCCCCACACGAUGUUCCGACACUGCGCUCAUUCCUUGGUGCGAUCAACUAUUACGGCAAGUUCGUCAAGUCCAUGCACGAGCUUCGCCAUCCGUUGGACGCUCUGCUCAAGAAGGAUGCCAAGUGGAACUGGAGUCCUGCCUGUCAGCGGUCGUUCGAGGAGUUCAAGCGGAUUCUGCAAUCAGAGUUGCUGUUGACCCACUACGACCCAAACCAGGAGAUGAUAGUUGCCGCUGACGCCUCGCAGAAAGGAAUUGGUGCGGUUCUUCUACCGUUUCCUGACGGUACGAUCAAAGCAGUGUGCCAUGCUUCCCGGACACUCACGGACGCUGAGAAGAACUAUGCCCAAGGCGAGAAAGAGGGCCUUGCCCUGGUUUUCGCCUGCACCAAGUUUCAUCGGAUGAUUUUCGGCAGAAGAUUCACGCUACAAACGGAUCACAAGCCGUUGCUGGGAAUUUUUGGAACGAAAAAGGGCAUUCCAGUUCACACGGCGAAUCGACUCCAGCGAUGGGCACUCACACUGCUGCUGUACGACUUCCAGAUCGAGUUCAAGGCAACAGACAGCUUUGGGUACGCUGAUGUUCUGUCACGUUUGAUCGGCGAGCACACCAAGCCGGACGAGGACUACGUCAUCGCCAGUCUGCAGCUCGAGAAAGACGUCCGAAGCAUCCAGGCGGAAUCCGUGGCAGCUCUACCAGUUACUCAUCAGCUGAUCCUGCAAGAGACGAAGCGCGACAAGACACUCCAGGCCGUACUCAAGCAACUUCGUGACGGAUGGUCAACCAAAGCAUCAUCUGGAGAGUUCCUGCAGUUCUACAAACGACGGGAAUCGCUAUACGAAGUGGACGGCUGCGUGAUGUUCUUGGACCGAAUCGCCAUUCCUGAGAAGUUACGAGCUCCUGUCCUGAAGCAGUUGCACGCUGGUCACCCGGGAAUGCAGCGGAUGAAGUCGAUCGCGAGAAGCUACGUCUACUGGCCAAACAUCGACGCUGAGAUUGAAGACUACGUGCGGAAAUGUUCGCGCUGUGCUGCUGCGGCAAAAGCUCCAGUCAAGACAACUCUUUCCUCGUGGCCGAUUCCAGUUCAACCAUGGACGCGCUUGCACCUGGACUAUGCUGGACCCAUCCAAGGAAAGUUCUUUCUGGUGAUCGUCGACACACACUCGAAAUGGCCAGAGAUCUUCGCAGUCAACAACUCCACGGCUUCAACCACUGUCAGCAAGCUACGAGAGUGUUUCGCAAGAUUCGGAUGUCCAGUCUCCGUGGUCACGGACAACGGAACGCAGUUCGACUCCGAGCUUUUCGCCAAGUUCUGCCGCGAGCUUGGUAUCGAGCACAUCAAGACACCACCAUUCCACCCGCAGUCUAACGGACAAGCAGAGAGGUUUGUCGACACACUGAAGCGAGCUCUUUUGAAGAUUGGCGGUGAGGACAUUGAUGCUGCUCUACAGACUUUCCUGCAAACCUAUCGCUACACACCAAAUGCGGUUUUACCCGACAACAAGUCACCUGCUGAAGCUUUGUUGGGGAGGAAAGUGCGCACCGUCUUCGACCUGAUGACGAAACCAACACCUGACAUGCCGCUCAUCAACCAACGCCAGAACGAACAGUUCAAUCGCAAACAUGGAGCCAAGAAACGCACGUUUGCGGCAGGUGAGGAAGUUUACGCUGAAAUCCACAUCCGCAACGAAAAGUAUUGGGCCAAAGGUGUGGUGAUCGAGCGCAAAGGACAGGUGGUGUACAACGUGCUACUGGACGAUCCACGACGUCGAGGAUUGAUUCGGUCGCAUGCAAACCAACUGCGAUCGCGAGCAGCAGCUGACGAACCAGUAGUUCAAGCCGAGACCGACCUACCACUAAACGUGCUGUUGGAAGAGUUUGGCGUGAACCGGACUGGAGUUGAAACACAUGCUGAUCCUGUUGGAGGGGAGCUUGAAGAGAUGCCGCUCGAGCAGACAACAGUCGCUGAGGAUCUACUUUCGGUUCCUGAGGAGGUGAUGGCCGUUCCAGGACCGUCACGUCCACCAAACCCGGCACCUGUGGAAGCGAAAGCUGUUGCAGGGCCAUCCAGACCGCGAUACGUUUGCGUUCCAAGACCAAACGUAGACGUGCCUGCUCCAAGGCCGAUCGUGCGGAAGAGAGGAAUUGAACCUGUAAGCCCAGGACGAGGACCAUCCGGCAGAAAACGACGCCUUCCAUCGCACUUCCAUCACUACGAUCUCUUCUAG